AAGAAAAUGAAUUUAUUUUUAAUUCCAACAAAAAUGAUUUACAAAAAAAAACAUUUGUAAAUUUAGUUAUUAAAUUUAUAUGCAUUACAUAUUUAUUUAAUUUAACAUUUAGCAUCUACACGAGUUAUUUAUUUAAGCGAACACUGAAUGAUUAUUACAGUUUUCAUUAUAUUUUAUUUAUUUCUUUCCCACUCACACUUUACACUACACUACACUACACGAUAUAUUUUUUUUUUUCCCCACCAAUUUCACCCACUCUUCCACUCACACUUAUAAGCUGACCCACUCUUCCACCCACACUUAUAAACUGAUUUCACCUAUAAAAGCCUCCAUCCUUUAACGCCUAUUCAUCCCAAAAUCAAUUCUUCUCAUUGAGCUUUCUACUUAAUUCAGCUUCCCAAUCUUGAGCUUCUUCUCAAUCAUAUUCUACAGCAGCUGAACAAUAGAAUAAUCUCAUAAUAAUUUCAUAAAACAAAGGAUCGCCUUUUACUCAACCAUCGACUGAUUUCUUGUAGGCUUUGUGGAUCGUGAGGACUAGCACUGCUAUACCAAUUCAGAGUUAAGAAUAAACGACAGGCUUUGCCUAUUCAGAAUGGAAGGUGCACCAAGAGGACGUGGUAGAGGGCGCGGACGUGGCCGUGGGCGCGGUAGGGGAUUUGUACCCGAAGAGCCUAUUCCACAAGUAGCACCAAAUCGCACAGCCGAGGAAAAGUUUCGCAAAGAAAAACCCCCAACGUUUGAUGGAUUGGGCGAACCUGCGGAUGCCGAGAAAUGGGUUAGGGCAAUAGAACGGAUCUUCAACUACAUCCGUUGUGACGAUGAGGAUAAAGUGGCAUGCGCAACUUAUCAGUUGGUGGACGAAGCUGACUUUUGGUGGGAGUCAGUGAGGCGGACUAUGACUGACGAACAGUGGGAGAAUUUCACAUGGGAAGAAUUCAAGGCUGAAUUGUAUGAGAAGUAUAUACCAGGAUGUUACCGACAAAAGAAACAGAACGAGUUUUGGAAUUUGAGACAGAAAACGGGAACUGUGACCGAGUAUGAUAGAGCCUUCAAUCAGCUAUCAAGAUAUGCUCCGACGUUGGUGGACAGCGAUGAGAAACGCGCAGAGAAGUUCAGAAACGGACUGCGUCACGAGAUAGCGAUUUCCCUAGCAAGUCAAGGGGGUCUCACCUACGCGCAGACAUUGAGCAGAGCCCUCACUAUUGAGUCAUUGUUGCCAAGGGAGAAAGGAAAAUCCCCCGAACAGUUUGGAUUUGUACCAUCUCAAGAUGGUAGUAAGGGAAAGAGAAAAUGGAAUGAAGGGACUGGUGGAAACAUUGGAAAUGGGAAGAAACCAUGGACGGCAAAUCAAAAUCAGAAUCAACAUCAGAACCCACAACCUCAAGCAAUAGUUCAAACUCCUUGCCCAAAAUGUCAAAAACUCCAUCCGGGAGAAUGUCUGAAAGGAAUGAACGUCUGCUAUAACUGCGGAGAGGCCGGGCAUUAUGUCUCGACAUGCCCAAAGAAGGGAGGAGGAGCACCCCAACAACAAAAUCCUGGAAACCAACAACGACAAAACCAAGGUCCUAGAGGAAAUCAGAACCAACCACGAUACGCUAGGGCCUAUGCCCUUAACCAACACCGAGCAGCAGGAGAUCACGGAAACCUGACAGGUACGAUUAAUGUUUUCGACAUGUCGAUUAUAGCUCUAUUCAAUAUUGGAGUAUCCUAUUCUUCCAUUUCAUAUGUUGCUUGUAAGAAAUUAGAAUUUACGCUAUAAUCGUCCGUAACAACGAUAAAAGUUAGUACAACUGACGAUGAAAGACUGCUACUAAGGACGUCACCGCGAACUCAGAGCUCGAUAUAGGCGCCGAAACAUUUUGACAUACUUACAUGUUAUUCCUAUGAUAGAAAUUGACGCAAUCCUCGAAUUGGUUGACUUACUCAAGUCAGCGCCACGAUACUUUUAACAAGAGAAAGAUCCCUCUUCAAUCUUCAGGAGAGGAUGAGACAAGUUUCCACGACAUAACGACGUACCAGAGUUUGAGGAAAAUUUUCUAGUUUGCUAAACGAUGUCGCGCUGUUAGGGAAUUAAGUACGUAUAUGAUUUAGUGCCGCACAAGAGUUGAGUGGAAUGAAAGUCUAGUAUCCAAACUAGAUGACCCAGAUAUGCAAUUUCGAGGACGAAAUUUUUAUAAGGAGGGAGGAAUGUAACACCCCGCCUAUUUAUAUUAAGUUUAGAAUUUAAUUUAAACUUAGAUUUAAGAUGAUUCACGCCGGAUAAAAGAAAAUGAAUUUAUUUUUAAUUCCAACAAAAAUGAUUUACAAAAAAACAUUUGUAAAUUUAGUUAUUAAAUUUAUAUGCAUUACAUAUUUAUUUAAUUUAACAUUUAGCAUCUACACGAGUUAUUUAUUUAAGCGAACACUGAAUGAUUAUUACAGUUUUCAUUAUAUUUUAUUUAUUUCUUUCCCACUCACACUUUACACUACACUACACUACACGAUAUAUUUUUUUUUUUUCCCCACCAAUUUCACCCACUCUUCCACUCACACUUAUAAGCUGACCCACUCUUCCACCCACACUUAUAAACUGAUUUCACCUAUAAAAGCCUCCAUCCUUUAACGCCUAUUCAUCCCAAAAUCAAUUCUUCUCAUUGAGCUUUCUACUUAAUUCAGCUUCCCAAUCUUGAGCUUCUUCUCAAUCAUAUUCUACAGCAGCUGAACAAUAGAAUAAUCUCAUAAUAAUUUCAUAAAACAAAGGAUCGCCUUUUACUCAACCAUCGACUGGCUUUGUGGAUCGUGAGGACUAGCACUGCUAUACCAAUUCAGAGUUAAGAAUAAACGACAGGCUUUGCCUAUUCAGGUGGGCUUAUUUUCCAAAUGUAUGAUUUAGCUAUUGAGCUUAAAUAUUUCAAUGAAAUGAAAACUGUUUAUCCAAUAAAUAUUUUUGUGCACUCUGCUCUGUUUAAGGCUCGCAUAAGUUAAUCGAUCGAGGUUCUCUUAUGACCUAACACGUUGUUUGAGAAUUGUGUACACCUAUUAGCUGACUCGGUGGGUUGAUCUCCAUCGGGCACUAAUCAUGUAUGAGGCGUUAUAAGGGUGCUCGACGGGAUGUGUUCCGGAGCAUUGGGUCCCAAAUGGGAGCUUGGCUGGGUUACGCCCUCAGUCCAAGUAAAGCAGGAGUAAUGGAUCCGUCGGUGGCUAAAAGGUCCGGGAUCACAGCGAGUAACGGAAAGGGAGUGUGACAAUUGCGCGCAAUAUAAUAAAAUGUUUUAACAUGCUUAGAAGUUAUUUUUGUUUUAAAACCUUCUAAGUCAUGUAAAGUAUAAUUGGAUAAACUGCUCUUAUGAUUAUGAAAUAUUUAUAAAAAUGCUAGCCCACUAAGUACAUUAGUACUUAGCCCAAAAUUUCUUUCAAAUGUUUUCAGGUUGAUUGGUCGGUGCUGACGGGGCAGAGCUGAGGCUAGGGUUCAACUCCGUAUUUUGUCUUCCGCUGUUGCACUAGCUCUUAUUUGUCUUUUAUUUCUCCAACUUAAGACUUUUAUGUUAAAUUCUGAAUUAUGUUUUCUUAUCGAGCUUAAACUCUCAACUUCUAGCUCUAUGUUAUUAACGUUGGUUAUCGGAAGCAUGAAACCGAACUUGUGAUCCUAAGGCUUAGAAUGUUGUUGAUUGAUUAAUAUCACUUGAUUUUUGUCUUUCUUCA